AUGAGCCAGGAGCUGCGUGCAAUGCGGCGAUUGCAGCAGCAGCUGCAGCUGCGCGGAGUGACGGUGGAUCGCGCGGCUUUACAGAGCGUGGUGGAGUACGUGCUGGAGGCGGGGUGCAGCGAGCAGCAAGCGGUCGACGACCUGCUCCGCGGCAUCACCGCGCUCGAACUGGGCGUGCAGGUGGUGUCGCGCGACGUGGUGCGCCAGGUCCUUCUGCAGCCCCUCCGCGCGCGCUCCCGCGCCCCCCCCCUUGAUGCGGGGGGAACUGCAGGCGGAAGCAGCCGCGGCGAGCGCGCAGGGGGGGGCGCGCGGCCAGAUGCGCUGGGGGGCGUGGGGCGGAACGGGGGAGCGGGGGAGGUGAUGGAGGGGGGGCGGGGGCGGGGGGAGGGUGUGGAGGGGUGGAUGCGCGAGUGGCGCGCGCUGGUGGUGAUCGACGCCUUCACCAUGCCUCGUGUGGACUACGACCCCCUCCGCAAACACUUCUCCAGGGCACAGCACAGGCACCGUGGGCCACUGUCACUGGCGGGGGCGCCCAGCAGCAAGGCGGACGUGCUGCGGCGCCGCCUGCACCUGCUGCUGGCGCGCACGGCCCGCCACCGCCGCUUCGCCGUGCCGCUGCUGCCUCUGGGCUCCGCGCAGCAGCAGCAGGAGCAGUACACCGAGGUGCCAUGCCAUGCAGCACGGGCAAGGGGGCAAUGGGGAAGAGGGGCUGGGGCGCUCGGGGCUCUGACGCCAGUGCAGGCGCUGGUGGGUGGCACGGCGGCAUCACAGCAGAGGCGGCAUCACGUGGUGGGCGUGGUGGCACAGCUGGAGGACGGCCGCUUCUUCCUUGAAGACCUCUCCUCCUCGCUGCCCCUCGACCUCUCCCAUGCCAUAUCCGCCCUCCCAUGCCAUAUCCGCCCUCCCUCAGUCGUCAUUGCCUCGGGCCACCUCACUCCCUCCGGCUGCUUCAAUGUGGCAUCGCUGGAGUUCCCCCCGGUGGAGCCACGGGAGGAGGCGCUGUCGCUGGCGGAGGGGCUGGACCUGUUUGGCGCCGGGCCCAUCGACGCCCACCGCUACGUGCGUGCCCCCCUGCCCCCGUCUUCCAUGCUCUUGUCUCGCCGUCACGCUCCCCUCUCCCUCCUGUGUUCAUCGCACCCCCCCCCUCCUUGCCCCCCGGGUCACUCCUCACUCCUCACUCCUCACUCCAUCGUCCUGGCGCACAUCGCCCUGCAUCAUCCUGAGACCCUACCGCGCCUGGCCACGCUGCUGGGGGCGCACGACGCCCUGGACCACCCGCCGCGCCUCUUCACCUCCCUCCCAUUCACCCCGGAUGCCCCCCUCGUUGUCUCCCUGCACCACCUGUGCAUGUGUGCCCGGCAGACCCUGCAGCGCCUGGCCACGGUGCUGGGGGCAUACGACGCCCUGGAUGAGCCACCGCGACUCUUUCUGCUCAUUGGGGACUUCUGCUCCCCGCCCUCCGCCCUCGCUUCCCCGCACCUGCACGCUCACAGGGAGGCCUUUUCACAGCUGGCGAGGGUGAUAGGCGCCCACCGCCGCCUCAAGGACAAGUCGCUCUUCGUCUUUGUCCCCGGCCAGGCCGACCCAGGCCCAUGCGCGGUGCUGCCACGACCCGCUUUGCCGCGCUUCUUCACAGAACCCAUCACUGACGCCCUCCCCUCUGCUGUCUUCUCCUCCAACCCUUCCCGCCAAUUUGAUUUCUUCUGGUGCUUGUCGUUCAAUUCCAUCCUUCCUCCCUUCCCUCCCUCCCUCCCUCCCUCCCUCCCUCCCUCCCUCCCUCCCUCCCUCCCUCCCUCCCUCCCUCCCUCCCUCCCUCCCUCCCUCCCUCCCUCCCUCCCUCCCUCCCUCCCUCCCUCCCUCCCUUACUCCUCCCUCUCUCCCUCCCGCUCCCCCGCCGCCAUCUUGACACCCUCACGGCAGCCUCAAGUUCUAUGCGCAGGAGCUGGUGGUGCUCAGGGCGGACCUGCAGCGCCGCAUGCAGCGCUGCGCCGUGCUGCCGCCACUCAAACACACCGACCCCUUCACCCAUGUCAGUCACACGCGCCCUCUCACGCCCACUCCUCUCGCCAUGGCCUAGCGCUCCUCUCGUUGGAAGCUCACGAGUCUAGGGCAUUCACCCACGCGUAUUGCGCUUCAAGUAGGCGCCCUCCCUCUUAUAUUCGCUCGAGCCAGCCACAGCUGCCCUUCCCUGCCUUCUCCUCUUCCCUGCCCUCGCCCUGUGCACUGCAUGCGCAUCCCUGCCUGUGUGCCGCUGUGCGCCCCGGGCGGCAGGUGGCGACCACGGUGGUGCACCAGGCGCAUCUGAGCCCGCUGCCCCUGGCCGCCCAGCCUGUGUUCUGGGACUAUGACUUCACUCUGCACCUCUUCCCCGCUCCCCACGUGCUGUUUCUGGCAGACUCAUCAGGGCAGAGCAGCGCUGUGGUGAAUGGUGUCACGUGCAUCAACCCCGGCUCCUUCUCCCUCGAUGGCACCUUCACUGCGUACUACCCAGCCUCACGCACAGUGGAGCACUGCAAUGUGUGA